UCAAGGUUAGCACGAAACGAAGACUGAGUGUAAGCAGCUUGGCAAUGUCCGAAUCUAGAACCCCUCUUGCUUCCUCCUAAGUCCUAAGACGGUCUUUUACGCGUAGUUUUCUCUUCUGUCUACCCCCAAGAAACUUCCUUGUUUUCCCCCAAAAAACACUCUUUUCUUUCCAUCAAAAGUCUUUUCCUUUUCGUUCCUUUCGUAAAACACGGUCUCUACACAAAACAACGUUUGUGUGUUCAACCUUUCACAGUCAACUAAACAAAUACUACUUGUUUUUGUGGCUGCUUAGCUUGGAUCCUCUUUGACGCAAAUACCCUUUUGUUGAAUCUUUCUUUGGACUUCAACUUUGUAUUUUACAUUUGUAGGGUUGUUUGUUUCUUGAGGGUACUUUUUGAUUUUGAUGCUCCAACACCCUCUUGUUACUUUUUGUUUUUUUCGUUGUUAUUUCUGGUGGGUUUUGUCUUUACUUGAUCUGAUUGAAAUUUUGUUGAAGAGGGAAAAUUUUCUGGGGUUUGAUUUCAAUUGUGUUUGAUUCUGAAAAUUUGAUCUUUGAUUAGAAAUCCUUUGUGGGUUUCGCAUAAUUAUUGUGUUCUGCUAAGGAAUUGAAGUGGGUUGGUGUUGGAUUAUUGAAAAUUGUGUUUCUUAGUGACGAAGGGAUUGUAGGGUUGUUCUUGUUGAGGGUGUAGUUCUUUGAUGAGAUGAAAAAAAUAUCAAGCACUUGUUAAUGGGAAUUGAGAGAUAUAUGGUUGUCAUAAAGUUUAGUUUUUGCGUUCUUUUAGUUCUGCAACUUGUAGCAGCAGUUAGCUCUAUAGAAAAGAAGGAAACACAAGAUGGUUUGGUUAGAGAACUAUUUGAUUCAGCAUCUGGAUUGUUGGAUGAGCACACGGCAAAGGUAUUUAGGACCACUUGCUGUGAAGAUUUUAUUCAUUUAAAGAAAGAGGUUGAAUAUCAUGAUUUAUGCCUCCCACUGGAAUUGUUUGCAAGCACCAAUAAAGUCAGCUCCACGGUUCGACCAUUUGCUCAAACAGAUAUCCAAAAAUUGCUUAAUGCUUGUCAUCCUCAAAUCAAGGAAAUCUUUCUUCAUUAUUUGAGAAAAAAUAAUCUUCUAUUACAUGUCUUAGGCGAAGAGGAUGAUUCCAAGAUAUGGCAUGUCACUAAUACAGGAUAUCUUUUUUCCACAUCCAGUAUUCCUAGAAGAAAUCCAGGCCGUGUUUUGCUCCAGCACAUAUCAGAACCACCUAGUUUAGGCCCCACAGUUGGAUCACCUACCCCGAGUCUCACACCAUCACCUGAACCCAGUCUCCCUCCAUCGCCUGAACCCAGCCUAUCCCCAUCACCCGCUCCAGCGCCUCUACCUCCUAAACCUCUUUCUCCUCCUUUGUCACCAGCCUCAUUUUUCCCAAAACUGACACCGCCAGCAGCUGCAGACAUUUCUGCUCCUCCAUCUUCUGACACAAGCGGGAAGGAAGAUAACCAUAGUAAUAAAACAACAGUUGUUCUUUCUGUAGUUAUAACUAUAUCGGUGAUAUUUAUAGCUGCAGCAUUGUUCUUUUUAUGCUUUCGUAAGGCUGGCCGGCGUAGACAAAAUGAUGAGAGGCCUCUGCUCAGCUUGAGCAUGAAUGACUAUUCUUUUGGUCCUUCCAAUCAUGCUUUUGGAAAUACGACAAAAGGGGAGAAGCUUGGAUUUCAGUCAUCAAGUAAUAAUUUAGGAGACAACAAGAAGACCUCACUGCAAGGAAAUCAAUCGAUGGGAGCUUUUGCUGUUGUCGGAUCGCCAUUUGAAUUGAAUCCUCCUCCUGGGAGAGUGGGAACUAUCCAUUCUGGAAUGCCACCUUUAAGACCUCCUCCAGGCAGGAUGAAUCCUCUUCCCCAUGAGCCACCUUCGUUCACACCUUUUGGUAAUACUGCCGUCUCUGCUGCUGCGCCUCCUCCUCCUCGACAGUCUGGUGUUGCUAGUGCUCGACCUCCUGCUACUCCUUCACCACCACAAUCAUUACUAGCUGGUGCCAAACCUGUUCCUCCUCGCCCUCCACUACACCCUGCUCUACCUGGUGCCAAACCUAGUCCUCCACCACCCCCUGCACCACUUGGUGCCAAACCCGGUCCUCCUCCCCCACCACCCCCUGCACCACCUAGUGCCAAACCCGGUCCUCCCCCCCCACCACCACCAGCACCAUCUGGUGCUAAACCUGGUCCUCGUCCACCUCCUCCUCCUCCUAAGAGUGGCGUAGCUCCUCCUCGUCCUCCAAUUGGCCCAAAGGCUGGUGGACCAAAAGCUACAGAGAAUGCUGAAGCAGGUGCAGAAGGUGGAGCUGAUACUUCUAAAGCCAAACUAAAGCCAUUUUUCUGGGAUAAGGUUCCAGCUAAUUCAGAUCAAUCAAUGGUUUGGAAUCAGAUCAAAUCAGGAUCAUUCCAGUUUAAUGAAGAGAUGAUAGAGACACUUUUUGGUUAUAAUGCUGUGAAUAAGAACAAUGGUCAACGGCAGAAGGAGUCUUCCUCCUCCCAAGACCCUUCACCUCAAUAUAUCCAGAUCGUCGACAAAAAGAAAGCACAAAAUUUAUUAAUUCUGUUGCGCGCAUUGAACGUGACGAUGGAAGAAGUUUGUGAUGCACUUUAUGAAGGAAAUGAGCUACCGUCGGAAUUCCUUCAAACCUUGUUGAAGAUGGCACCGACAUCAGAUGAAGAACUUAAGCUUAGACUUUUUAAUGGUGAUCUGUCUCAACUUGGGCCUGCUGACCGUUUCCUGAAAGCCAUGGUGGACAUUCCCUCUGCGUUUAAGCGAAUGGAAGUACUGCUUUUUAUGUGUACAUUUAAAGAGGAGCUCACUACUACUAUGGAGUCUUUUGCAGUUUUAGAGGUUGCUUGUAAGGAACUAAGAAACAGCCGGCUGUUCCACAAACUUCUUGAAGCUGUUCUCAAAACUGGUAACCGUAUGAACGACGGAACAUACCGUGGCGGUGCACAAGCAUUUAAACUUGAUACACUCUUGAAAUUAUCUGAUGUUAAAGGAACAGACGGCAAGACUACACUUUUACACUUUGUUGUUCAAGAGAUUAUCCGCUCUGAGGGCAUAAAAGCUGCUCGAGCGGCGAAAGAUAGCCAGAGUUUGUCUAAUAUUAAAACGGACGAGCUUCAUGAAACAGAAGACCACUAUCGCGAGCUUGGUCUUGAGAUGGUUUCACACUUGAGCACUGAGCUUGAGAAUGUUAAAAGAGGAUCUGUUCUAGAUGCCGACAGCUUAACAGCAACCACUAUCAAACUUGGCCACGGUCUUGUGAAAGCCAAAGAUAUACUAAACAAAAACCUGAAGAAUGUGGAGGACGAUAGAGGGUUUCGUGAGACAGUGGAAAGUUUUGUCAAGAACGCUGAGGCUGAUGUUAAGAAACUGCUUGAAGAUGAGAAGAAAAUCAUGGCUCUGGUGAAGAGCACGGGCGAUUAUUUUCACGGGAAUGCUACGAAGGAUGAUGGCUUGCGAUUGUUUGUAGUAGUAAGAGACUUCUUAAUAAUGCUGGAUAAAGUAUGUAAGGAGGUGAGAGAUGCACAAAAGAAGCCAGCAAAACCUAUAAAACAAGAAACUUCACGAGGACUGUCUUCGUCCGAUACACGUCCAUCACCUUCUGAUUUUCGUCAGCGGCUUUUUCCAGCUAUAGCUGAAAGGAGGAUAGAUGACGAUAGUUCAGAUGAAGAGAGUCCAUAGGUUCAAGUUGGAAAUGAGGGAGGAUGGUUACACAUUUUUCUUGAUAUAUGGUGGAAGUGACUGUGAUAUUAACACUUCAAACUAAAAUGAGAUAUGUACAGACAUGGCUGGAGGCUGGAACUAUCAUUAUGAUUAUUGAUUAGUUUGAUUGUUUUGAUUUUGAGACAGUCAUUUUUAAAGGGAUAGUUGUGUAGGGUUUUAUUAUUAUUUUUUAACAAUUCUUUAAUCUAUUUAAUUAUGCUAAUGUAUUUCUUAAAGGGGGGGCAGAAUGUAGCAUAGUACUUUCUGUUUAUAUGAAUUUAGAAUUAUUCUUUCAGACACCUAGUCUAGA